UGCCUGCAGUAUGCAAGAUGCACUGGGAGCUUAGCACUGGAGCUUGCCUGCCCUGAAGCAACACUGCAAGAGUCUGUAUAUUUAAAAAUGUAGCUACACACAUAUUUGCACUGUCAUUGAAUGGGGAGCAUUUUAUAAAUCCGAUCCAUGCAUCAGUGACCGAGCUAGAUGCCAUCUUGCAUGUGAGAGUUUUACCCUGAGUUGUGCAACACGUAAGGUACCAGAAGAAAAUGCCGUCUAAGUACUUUCAAGAACGCAACAAACGGAAGUUCUCAGAUUCCCUUAACAGCCAGCGUUGGAGAUUCUUGAAAAGUGGUCUGGAUGAUUUCAGAAGCGGCUUCCCUCCACCGUCUGACAACAUCAUCAGCUGUGGCACAAAGGGGCCUGUACCGAUUGUUCUGCGUAAUCGAGCAUCUGAUGCUUCACGCAUGGCCCAGCAGAAGGGAAGGAAAAAGUGCACCAAAACCCAAGUCAGUCCUUCCAAGCUCAGUCCAUUGCAGAAAGCCAGGCGGGAUCACAUUGCACAGACAGAACACUGCCUGAGCCAGCACCCCCUAGCACUCUACCCUCACCUGGAAGAAAGCAUUCCUCCUGAGCUUUUCAAAGAGGUUGUGGGCAUCCUGGAUCCUGAGAUGUGCUUGAAUAGUGAAGGUCAAUACAAGGAUUGUGACCAGGACAGCCACACCCCUCAGCAAGUGCUGUAUCAGCCGGAGGAUGGGAAAAGUAAAGAAGCAUGUCCCAGGCCAUCAGCCCUCAGCAAGGAGUCCAAGGGCAAGAAUCCGCAGUACACCUACCUGUCCAAGAAAGAGGUAGCAGCAAGGGAAAAGGAGGCCAGUCUGAGCUACGAUCCACCCCUGGAUGAGAACGUAAAGCGAGUGACUAAGGAGUUUUGUGACUGGGUGGAUUCUUUGGGAGGAGAAAAAUACAAAGUGGACGAAGCCACCAUUCUGAGCUUGUUUGACACUGGAUAUGAAACCAAGCUGGUGCUGUCUGUGCCCAUCCAUGUUGUGGAACUAAACAAUGUGCCAGCAGAACUGAGAAAAUAUAUGGGUGUUUCACCUCCACCAACCGCUGUCAAGAGUCCUCUUCAGAACAGCUGCCGCCCAUGCCUUGCCAAGGAUCCAUCCCAACCAAAAUGGGAGAAGAUCAGGUUUGGAGCCUGGUACCUUGAACCAAAAACAUGGAGAAAACAAAGAGCAAAUGAACCUUUAGAGGAUCCAAACACAGCAAUGGAUACCGUUCAGAAUUUAAGGAACCAGUUUAGUGAAAAGGAGGCAGAGCUCAUGCAGCUCCAUGGAACACACGCUUUUAAGGAAUUCCUCGAAACGAAGGGCUACCGGAAGCCUGAGUUCCUCCUGCAGAUGCUGGCUGCAGGGGAUGUUAAUGGAGCACAAGAGCGAACUUCAAAAGGCUACAAGAAAGAUUCUCUGAAGAGACCCGAGGGAAUCAGAGAAGGAUCUUCCUCCACAAUUGUUAAUUAACACAGAGUUCUGACUUUAUUCACAAGAAACAGAAGCACUAGUGAAACUGCUCCUGGAAGUCCCCAAAAUAGUAAUCUCAAAGAUAGGUUGAUUGUUUCCUUCUUUAGAAAUUGCUAGUCAAAUAUAGUUUAAAGAGAUCUACUUGGAUUUAUGAAUUCCAGACGCAUGCCAGCUGUCCUGGCAGCUCAGCCAUGGUACAGGCUGGCUGGGACACCUAGCUCCAUACUAGAGAUUUUGGCUCGACUCUACUGCACUCAUUUGGUUAAGAAUCAUGGUCUGGUUUGUUACUUGCUAAGCACCAAUGUUAUGCGCAGUUCUGUGUUGUCCUUUCCCUCAAGGAGCUUGCAAUCCAACAACUAGAUUAUUUCUUUAGGUGCAUAAAUGUUACCAAUCUAGAUGUCCCCAACAGGCAUAGUGUCUCAAACCAAGUCUACACCAGAAAAGGUUUGCCUUCCGAGGAAACCCUCCUAGUGCUCUUGGCAGUGUAGCUUAUACCAUUCCCCAAGUGAAAUAAGCUAUACGGCAAAAGCACUUUUAUGACACUGUCUACGCAAUGGGUUCUGCUGGUAUAGAAAUUCAUUUUAAAAGAAAAAUCACCUCCUUUAACCAAUGUUGUUAUAUCAGCAAGAGUUCUAGUGUAGACCUGGCCUCAGAGCAGCGUUUCUUCCCUGAUUACUGUUUGCACCAGGCAUAGGUACUGGAAGGAGGGGUGCAGGGGGUGCUGCAGCACUCCCAGGUUUUGCGCCCACCGGCCCCGCACCCCUGCUGCCUGCCAUCCCAGUCACUGGCCCCUGCCACCCGUCGUCCUGGCCGCCAUCCCCGCUGCCACCCGGGGGCUCUGCUGCCAACCCCAGGUCCCACUCAGCCACCCACCCCAGGUUCUGCUUGGCCACUGGCCCCAUGCCCAGGGGCUCCGCUGCCGGCCCGGGGUCCCGCUCAGCCACUGGCCUCAGGGGCUGCACUGCUGGCCCCACCCGGCCACCAGCCCUGGAUGCAGGGUCCCAGCCGCUAGCCCCAAAGUCCUGUCCACUGACCCCUGGAUCUCAGCCAUUGGUCCCUGGGUCCUGGCCACCAGCCCUGGGAUCCUGGCCCCUGACCCCAUGUGAGAGGUCUCAGCUGCUGUCCCGCUGCCUGGGGCUCCGCAACCGUCUCUAGCUGUGGCCUCAGCCUCAGCCCCCUUAACCCUGUCUGCGUCCCCCCUUCCUGAAACCAUGGCCCUGCUCCCGGCCUCAGCUCUAGGGGGUGGUGAGGGGCACAGACAGGGAUAAGAGGGGUGCAGCUCUGCAACCCCACUCCAAAAACUGUUCCAGCCCCGCUGGCACCGGAAGGAGGGGAAUGUAGACAUUUGUGACCAGCCUAUAUGUCUGCAGCUCCCAGUGGGGCACUGUAGCUCGGCAUCACCUCCUGUGUUUUACAGGCACAUUAGAGGGAAGCAGAGGAGGGAGAAGGAAGGAAUAAUUUUGUGAGGAGAAGAAAGCUGGAAGCAGGGCCGGCUUUAGGCCUAUUCCACCAAUUCCCCGAAUCGGGCCCCACGCCUAAGGGGGCCCCACACCCAGUGAGAAUCCCUUCCCCGGCUAGCGGCGCCUUUUUAAUUGUUACUCACCUGGCGGCGCUCUGGGUCUUCGGCGGCACUUUAGCGGCAAGUCCUUCGCUUGCUCUGGGUCUUCGGUGGCGGGUCCUUCAGUGCCGCCGAAGACCUGGAGAGAGUGAAGGACCCACUGCCGAAGUGCCGCUGAAGACUCGGAGCACUGCCCGGUGCGUACAAGCCCCACAUGUUUUUUUACAUGUGGUUUGUUUGUUUUUUUUAGUCAUCCCUGCCGGGGCCCCAUUGAAACUGUUCAAAUUGGGCCCCGCACUUCCUAAAGCCGGCCCUGGCUGGAAGAGCAGAGUAACUGGUUGAGGGGAGCUCUGGGGACAGAGCUGAAUGCAGAAUGUGCAUUACGUUAUAAUCCCUUAACGUGCUUUUUCCUUCCAGAUUUUUCCUGCCAUCUGGCCUGGCCAGCCUUGGUUGAUCUAUGUUGUCCACACUUGGUUCGCUGCAGUCUGGCAGCGUCUUUGAGGAGCAGGGACCUAUUCAAUUAAUCUUGAUGUACAUUUCACUCUUUACUGCAGAUUGUCCAGCCAACCCUGCUUCCAGCUUUGGAAUAAGUGUAGAUUUCCCUUUACUGAAAAGGUCUCUAAAAAGCUAGCAAAAAUCUCUUUCUUAGUCUCAAACUAGUGGGAGCAGCACCACACAGUUACAAAUUAGAAUGAGGACAACAAACUCACCUCCCUAGAGUAUUUAGAGCAGGUGAGCAUAGGACACCAUCAGUUUGUUAAAAAGCCAAGCUCUGAAUACUUUGUGCAGUGUCUAGGGACAAAAAUGCUUGGGCGGCCCUGGGAUCAGCCACACUGGCCGCUGCAGAAAUCUCAGAGGUCAUGGAAAGUCACGGAAUCAGUGACUUCUGCAACCUCCGUGACAGACACGGAACCCUAACUAUAGUCAGUUAUUUAAUGCAAAUUCUUCUUCACUUGCAAGAUUGGAAGAAAACCAGUACAGACCAGACUCUUCCUUUUAAUGCCAUUUAAAUUUCACACACAGAUAGUUGCAGAAAAAUCUAUUUAAUUACUUCAAUCUUGCUAACAAAGCUGAAAUCAUGGGUA